GGCUAAAGGCCCAGUCUUCUCACCCUCACUCCACAGCCCCUCUGUUACCCUAUCCUACUCACUUAGUCCCAGUUCAAAGACAGAAAAGAGAUCUCCUUGUCCAAACCAAGCCCUGUUUUGAGGGAAGAAAGAAGAUAAAGACAAUUUUUUUCUUUUUGGGGGGUGGGGGGUGGGGGGAGAGGAUUUAGUGACAACAGAUCAUAGGAAGUUCACCCCUCAGGGGCAUCUAGCAUUUUGUGAUUUGGAGGAAAUUUCAGAGAGGGGAGUGACAAAGUAAAGUCCCCCUCAAUCCCAUAGCACAAAUACACUGUGGUCCCCCCAAAUCCAUCCAGUCCCCAAAUCCCCAAAGACUCCAGUUGGGAGCUCGGCCCUCUCUCUACCAUAGGCACAUGCUAAUGCCCCUGAGUGGGUUCCUCUGGUGGUGGUGGUGCUGCUGCUGCUGGUAUUGCUGUGGAGGGUGUUACCAGGCUCCCCAGAUGUUGCGCCACCAGGGUCUCCUCAAGUGCCGAUGUCGCAUGCUCUUCAAUGACCUGAAGGUCUUCUUGCUUCGGCGCCCACCGCCGACCCAGCUGCCCAUGCACGGUGACCCCCAGCCCCCUGGCUUGGCAGCCAACAACAACACCCUCCCAGCCCUGGGUGCUGGUGGAUGGGUCGGUUGGAGGGGUCCUCGAGAGGGGGCCGGCGGGGAGAUUCCUCCUCUGCCACCUCCGCCACCCUUGCCACCCUCUUCUGCAGAAGAUGAUUGGGGUGGCCAGGUUGUGGAGCCACCUGCCUCCCUGCUCAGCAGCACCUCCUCAGAUGACUUCUGUAAGGGGAAGGCUGAGGACCGCUAUUCACUUGGCAGCAGCCUGGACAGUGGCAUGAGGACCCCCCUCUGCAGGAUCUGCUUCCAGGGUCCUGAACAGGGGGAGCUGCUGAGUCCCUGUCGCUGCGAUGGGUCAGUCAAGUGUACACACCAGCCCUGCCUGAUCAAGUGGAUCAGUGAGAGGGGCUGCUGGAGCUGUGAAUUGUGUUACUACAAGUACCACGUCAUUGCCAUAAGCACAAAGAAUCCUCUGCAGUGGCAAGCCAUUUCUCUGACGGUCAUUGAGAAAGUCCAGAUUGCAGCAGCCAUCCUGGGUUCUCUUUUCCUCAUUGCCAGCAUCUCUUGGCUCAUCUGGUCUACCUUCAGUCCUUCGGCCAAAUGGCAGCGCCAGGACCUCCUCUUCCAGAUCUGCUAUGGGAUGUAUGGCUUCAUGGACGUGGUGUGCAUAGGCCUGAUCAUCCACGAGGGGCCAUCCGUGUACCGGAUCUUUAAAAGAUGGCAGGCUGUGAACCAGCAAUGGAAAGUGUUGAACUAUGACAAGACAAAGGACAUCGAGGACCAGAAGGCCGGGGGCAGGACAAACCCCAGGACCUCCUCAUCCACACAGGCCGACGCCGCCGCCCCCGAGGAGGAGGCGGUGGGCAACCCUGCCCCGGCCGACGUCGGCGGCGGCGGCGGCGGCGGCGGGAGCAGGGCCCCCAGCCACCCCUCUGGCCCUCUGGCCGAUCACCACUGUGCUUACACCAUCCUGCACAUCUUGAGUCACCUGAGACCUCAUGAGCAGCGCAGCGCCUCCGGCGGCAACCGAGAGCUUGUCAUGAGGGUCACCACGGUCUGAGAGCCGGGAGCGGGAGGGGCCGCAGCCGUGAGAGCCUGGGAGUCCGGGACCAGCCGGGGGGCAGGACCGACGUGGGCACGCGUCAGCCGAGGGGAGGGAGGGAGAGCA